AAAAAGAGCAGUAGGCCAGAAAAGCGUUGUCCGUCCCAUUUUUUAUUUUAUUUUUUUCAUUCACUCAGUUCUGAGUUGGUGAAGUGGAUUUGACGAACACGGUCACCCAAUCCGCUCUCAUUCUUUCACACUCUCUCUGCAACUAGAUUGAAGUUUUGGAUGAGUUUGAUGUGAAAACCUUUCGAAUUUCCUGAAUUUCUCGCGGUUUUUGCUAUGGAGAGUAGCGUGCCAGGUCGACUUGCAGGAUGGGAUAUUCAUGGCUUCCGUACAAUGGAAGAUUUGGAUGUUGACAGCAUAUUGGAAGAAGCCAAGGGGAGGUGGCUACGGCCAAAUGAAAUUCAUGCAAUACUUUGUAACUACACUCUUUUCACCGUCAAUGUCAAGCCAGUGAAUUUGCCUCCAAGUGGCAAAAUUGUAUUGUUUGACCGUAGAAUGCUGCGGAACUUUCGGAAAGAUGGUCAUAACUGGAAGAAGAAAAAUGAUGGGAAAACUGUUAAAGAAGCUCAUGAACAUUUAAAAGUUGGUAAUGACGAAAGGAUCCAUGUUUAUUAUGCACAUGGCCAAGAUAACCCGACCUUUGUUCGCAGGUGUUACUGGCUUCUUGAUAAGACACUGGAACACAUAGUCCUUGUUCAUUAUCGUGAAACACAAGAGUCGCAGGGUUCUCCAGUCACACCUGUGAAUUCCAGUCCAAGUCCUAAUUCAGCCACCUCUGACCCAUCUGCUCCUUGGCUUUUAUCAGAAGAAACUGAUUCUGGGACUGGUAGUACAUACCGUGCUGGUGAGAAAGAACAUCAAGAGCCUAGGGAUAGUAUAACUGUCAGAAAUUAUGAGAUGAGAAUUCAUGAGCUUAAUACACUUGAAUGGGAUGAGCUUUUGGUGUCAAAUGAUCCCAACAAUUCAAUGGCACCUAAGGAAGGAAAAAUUUCAUCCUUUGAGCAACAGAAUCAACAUGUAAUAACAAGUUCCAACAGUUAUAAUAGGCCCCAUUCAACCAAUGAUUUGCCAGUAGGAAUUUCUCCUUUGGGGAAUCCUGCGGAAUCAAUUGCUGGGAAUGAAUCUGCCCAUUUCAAUUUUCUGGAUGAUGUUUACUUUCAGAAAAUAGGGGGUCAAGUGAAUCCAAAUGGGCAGAGAAGGGAUUCUGUUGCAGUGGGAACCGGUGAUCCUGUGGACAUUUUGCUCAAAGAUAGUUUGGAACCUCAGGACAGUUUUGGAAGGUGGAUGAACUAUAUCAUGACCGAUUCUCCAGUAUCAGUAGAUGAUCCAUCACUUGGUUCCCCUGUUUCAAGUAGUCAUGAUUCAGUAGUCUCUGCAGCGGGGAAUCAUCAACAAUCUUCUGUUCCUGAUACAAUAUUCAGUAUAACUGACUUCUCACCUUCAUGGGCCAUUUCAACUGAAAAAACCAAGAUCCUGGUGAUUGGUUUUCUUCAUGAAAAUUAUGCAGAUCUUGCAAAGUCCAAUCUAUUUUUUGUCUGUGGUGAUGUAUGUGUUCCUGCAGAAAUCAUCCAACUUGGGGUAUUUCGAUGUUUGGUACCACCACAUGCCCCUGGAUUAGUAAAUUUUUAUUUGAGUUUUGAUGGCCAUAAACCUAUCAGCCAAGUUGUGACUUUUGAGUAUCGGGCUCCUUUAUUGUAUAACCAGACAGUUUCUUCAGAAGUUGAAACCAAUUGGGAGGAGUUUCAGUUUCAGAUGAGGCUUUCUCAUUUACUUUUCUCUACAUCCAAGGGCCUUAACAUUAUGUCCAGCAAAAUAUCACCAAAUGCCCUGAGGGAAGCAAAGAAUUUUGUCAAAAAGACCUCUUUCAUUGCCAGGAAUUGGGCAAAUUUGACCAAGACAAUUGGAGACAACAGAAUCUUGGUUUCACAAGCAAAAGACCUUUUGUUUGAGUUUGCAUUGUUAAACAAAUUACAGGAAUGGCUAGUGGAAAGAAUUGUUGAGGGGGGUAAAACCUCAGAGCGCGAUGGUCAGGGUCAAGGGGUAAUCCAUUUGUGUGCUAUGCUAGGCUAUACACGAGCUGUUUAUCUAUAUUCACUAUCAGGCUUAUCAUUGGAUUACCGCGAUAAAUUUGGAUGGACAGCUCUUCAUUGGGCUGCAUACUAUGGAAGGCAGAAAAUGGUUGCCGUGCUUUUAUCUGCAGGGGCGAAGCCCAACUUGGUCACAGACCCCACCUCAGAAAACCCUGGUGGAUGCACUGCUGCUGAUCUUGCAUCUAAGGAAGGUCAUGAUGGCUUAGCAGCUUAUCUUGCAGAAAAGGGGUUAGUAGAACAGUUCAACGAUAUGACCUUGGCCGGAAAUGUCAGUGGUUCACUGCAAGUUAGCACAACCGAACAAAUAAAUUCAGAGAACCUCAGUGAGGAGGAGAUGAAUUUAAAGGAUACUUUGGCAGCAUAUCGGACAGCUGCUGAUGCAGCAGCACGUAUACAGGUUGCAUUCAGGGAGCGCUCACUAAAGUUAAGGACAAAAGCAGUUGAAAAUUGCAAUCCAGAGAUUGAGGCACGCAAUAUAGUCGCAGCAAUGAGGAUUCAGCAUGCCUUUCGCAACUAUGAGACACGAAAAAGGAUGGCCGCUGCUGCUCGAAUUCAACAUAGGUUUCGUAGUUGGAAGAUACGAAAAGAGUUCCUCAAUAUGCGUCGCCAAGCAAUUAAAAUUCAAGCUGUUUUCCGGGGCUUCCAAGUGCGGAGGCAGUACCGCAAGAUUCUAUGGUCAGUUGGAGUCCUUGAGAAGGUGAUUCUGCGCUGGCGUAUGAAGAGGAAAGGCUUCCGUGGGCUUCAGGUUGACACUGUUGAUCAACUUCAAGAAAGUGACACAGAGGAGGACUUCUUCCGGGCCAGCAGGAGACAAGCUGAAGACCGUGUUGAGAGAUCUGUUAUACGUGUUCAAGCGAUGUUCCGUUCAAAGAAAGCUCAAGAAGAAUACCGGAGAAUGAAGUUGGCCCACAAUGAAGCAAAGCUGGAAUUUGAAGGUUUUAUUGAUCCUGAUACCAACAUGGAUGGAUGAAGACAAGUUCACUACGAGGUUCAUUUUCUUAUCUAGCUUGUAUAUCUUGUAAAUGCCUUGAUUGAUAUAAAUUUGCAAUUGUUACCUUCCCGAUCUCCUUUUAGGAAUUUAGAGGGGUAAUGGUUUCAGUGUUUUCAUCUGUCUUGUUUUAGUUUUAGCAUCAAGCUGUUAGGUUUGAAUUUUGAUCGUCUUUGUAAGAUCCGACUAUAACACGACAGUGUAGUUUCCCAGUUCAUCUGA